GAGCAGGAGGAGGAGGAGGUGCAGGGAGAGAGACACACACACACACACACAUACAGAAAGAGAGAGAGAGCUUUAGUUGAUCUCAGUGGAUCAUGGGUCGCGUUCCGAUCGCGGCGCGUCGAACGCCUCGCACCCGGUUCUUUCCGCUACGGAGCGCCGCUGAACGGAUCUAAAGCUGGCGGAUCGGUACCGAUGGCGGAUCCUCUGCGGAGGACAAUACUAGCCAAACUCAGGGGCAAGAAACCCAAAGGAAAAGACCGGCCGAGAGAAGGUAAAGACAAAGUUUCUCACCAGCAGACAGAGAGUGAUUAUAUGAGAGGUAAGGAGAGCCGCGUUAACGGGUUCCGGGCGGCGGAUCCGGUCGCCGCUGUUGGUUGCGGCUCGGCCGCGCACGGGAGCGGGUGCUCGGCGCCCGGGGGUCCCGCGGGGGUCUCAGAUCAAAGCGCUGAGAUGGAUCGCGUCCACACGCAGCGCGUCCGCGGAGACUCGAUCGGGUUUGGGAGCUGCGAGCACGUACGCGCGAAAGCCCGACGGGAAGCUCUGAAAGUAACAGAUGGUCCAGAUCUGAAGAGUGGAGAAACAAAUGUUGCGUUGCUCGAUCACAAGGCCGAACCGCGCGUCAUGAGACACCAACCCAACGGAACCUCGCGCGUCUUUGAUUAUAUCGAUGAAAAUUAUGAUUUGAUUCAGGUGAUAGAGAGUUCACUGGAGUAUUAUGGAGAUUUCAGGAUGCCUGCGUUACAGAGUCCCACUUUUUUCCCCACUGAGCUGGACAUAAACUUGUCCUCGGGCGCUCCACGACAUCAUUCUGUGGACAGCGAGGAUGAUGAUUAUUACGAUAACCAAAUUUUGCCUUUUUAUACCCAAAACCAAGAGAGAAAUGCUGUAGAGACAGAACCGGUGUCAGUCCAGACAUUAGACUUAGAACCCAAUGAAACCGACCGACUGAAGACGCAGCUGAAAGAGGCUUAUUAUUUGUUGAUAAACACCAUGCAUGAUAUCCCAUUCGAAGGUCAGGUUGAAGAUAACGGGUACGUGGACCAGGUCAAUAGUUCUAGUGAGUCUCACGAAAGCGUUAGUUCAAGGUCCACUGCCAAGCACACAGAGAGCGAUGGGUGUUUGUCAGAGGAACGUGGCGGUCAACGGGUUUUCGGGUCUGAUUUGGUUCUGUUUACGGGGUAUGAAGGGUCUGUGGAGAGAAGAAGCCUGCCGGAUAUUUCCACAGCGAGGGUGAUCCUUCAGAGGUCCCUGAGUGACAGUGGGGUGAGGUAUUCCUCCCCAAACAAUGAGGUGGCAGGAGGGGACUCCACACUUCAAUGUGAGGAGACGAUGGGCGUUGAUGCUCUUUGGGGUACCACUCAUAAUGUGAGUAAAGAGUUGGUGGUGCCCAUCUUUCCGGUGCCAGCCACCCAUCAGUCAUGUGACGCCAGCGGUGUGGCCAAACAUCUCGGCGUCACGGUCAACAAAAUGCAAGAGUGGAUGCAGAAAGGUCGCAUGCUGUCAUCAGAGAUGAAGGAAAGGAUUGCGGGUUCCUCGCUGAGAGCCAACAGCGGCCAGACGAGGCCUAAAACCGGCGCCCAUGCCAACAGGCCGCAAGUGAUCAAAAACACAGCAUCAGGAGGGCAGCAGCUUUCAGCACCGAUGGACUGCACGGCUGGGACGUCUGGCGUAUCUCACCGUGAUCCUUGCAGACGUCAGCCCCACUUUAACCACAUCACUGUCUCAAAGAAACGUAAUUGGCUGCAGCAGAGCUCGGCUUGGCCCGUUCUGCACCCUGAUGAUUUUACAACACCAGAGGACGACCACGCGCAAACCCAAACGCAACCUUUAACCGGAUCUCACCCGUUUUCAGAAGCGCCGCAGCGGCCCAACGUCAAACCCGGUCUGAUCUCCACCCAGAAGCCACGUCGCCCGGAUCCGGCCGAGGAGAGCGACGCAGACGAUGAAGGGGAGAUUUGGUACAACCCUAUUCCUGAGGAUGAAGAAGCUGACCUUCCACACCGCCUUCCCAAUGUCAGGGUGACCCAAACGGGACCGGCCGGCAGACGGGCGGCAGACGAGAGCGUCGGCGGCGAGACGGGGUGCAGAGAGACGCCUCAUACAAAUGUUUUGCAUUCCAGUGAAAGCUCUCAGCUGCACAAGCAGAUGUUUGCGUGCAAAACACAGGAGGAGAACCUCACCGUCAGGGCGACAGAUCCAUCAGAGCAGUUCACCGGUGGGCCGUCUCCUUCCUCCAGUCCAAACCAAGCUAAAAGAAGCACCGCUAUAAACUGGUCAUUCCCUGAUAAAAUCAAGUCACCUCGAACUGUCCGAAAACUCUCAAUGAAGAUGAAGAAACUGCCGGAUCUCAGCCGGAAACUUAGUGUUAAAAACCCUGUUAGUAACGAGACCAGGUUGGCCACAACCAGGACAAACGGAGGGGAACUCGUGCCGUCUCAGCCCCGGCUGUCGCCGGCGGGUGUGGCGACCGCACUGGCCAGCGGUAACGUGAUUUGGCGGUACCAUCUAGACAGCAGCAUCUCUUCGCAACAUAACUGCGAUAAGAGGCGAAGCAACAGCGGCGGCGUUCCAAAAUCGGCCAGCAAAGGAGGAUACCUCAGCGACGGAGACUCGCCCGAACUCGUGGCAAAGUCCGGCAAGCACGGCCCCUCCAACAGAAAGAAUAGUAAAUCUCGGGAAAGGGAUCCGAACGGUAACGGCGGAAACCCAAAGCAUCCUGGCACCGAUCUUGACAUCGACGCCUUCCGUUCGUACAGUUUCUCCGAGCAACCCAAGUGUCUGUCGUACAUCUCGGGACUGAUGAGUCUGCACUUCUACGGCGCAGAAGACCUGAAGCCUCCGCGAGUCGAUUCCCGAGACGUCUACUGCGCCAUCCAGGUGGACUCCGUCAACAAAGCUCGGACGGCACUUCUGACCUGCCGUACAGCCUUUCUCGACAUGGACCACACCUUUAACAUCCAGCUGGAGAAUGCUCAGCACCUCAAACUCGUUGUCUUUAGUUGGGAGUCGACGCCACGGCGGAACCGGGUGUGCUGCCAUGGAACUGUGGUUCUGCCCGCCCUGUUCCGCGUGAGCAAGACGCAUCAACUGGCGGUCCGUCUUGAGCCGCGGGGAAUGAUUUAUGUGAAGUUGAGUCUGAUGGAGCAGAAGAUGAACUCUCUGAACGGUGCAAAAGGUGACCAUGAGCCGCAGGUGUUCGCUGUCGAUGCUCGCCGUGUGGUGGAACGAGAAGCGUCUGGACUGAUGGUUCCACUGCUUAUUGAGAAAUGCAUCACUGAGAUCGAGAGGAGGGGCUGUCAGGUAGUGGGUCUGUAUCGUCUCUGUGGUUCGGCUGCUGUGAAGAAGGAGCUUCGAGAAGCGUUUGAGAGAGACAGUCACGCUGUGGAUCUGUCUGAAAACAACUAUCCAGAUAUUAAUGUCAUUACAGGUGUGUUGAAGGAUUAUCUUCGUGAGCUUCCUCUUCCUCUAAUCGGUCAACAGUUGUAUGAGUCGGUUCUGGAGUCGAUGGCGAGACGGCCGCUGCAGAUGGGACCCAGCGGAUGUGAGAAUGACCCGGUGGACUCCGAUCACACCGUCAGCUUGCUGGAGAUUCUGCCAGAAGUUGAAAAGGUGACCUUGCGUAAGCUUAUGGACCAUCUGAAGCGUGUGGCCUCGCAUCACGCCGUUAAUAAAAUGACCUGUCAGAACCUCGCCGUGUGUUUCGGCCCGGUUCUCCUCAGUCAGAGACAGGACGCGUCCUGCCACGGAAACCGGGUCUUCAUUGACUCAGAGGAGCUCGCCAGCGCUCUGCACUUCAAAAAACACAUCGAGGUCCUGCACUACCUGCUCCAGCUGUGGCCAGUUGUUGAGACUCCAGGCAAUUCUUCACCUUCUGUCCCCGUGGAGUCGUUUCCAGUGGCUCCCGUGAGAAGAAGAAAGGAACGGCCGCAGGUUUUAAAUCUAACCGAAGCCGAGGUGACGGGAGUUCUGCGAUCUCGAGCCGGCCGCCUGGACAGUCCCAGUAACCGUUACGCCGGUGACUGGAGCCGCUGCGGGGAGCCGUUCCUCGGGCCGAACUGCCUGGACGACGACUACGACGAUGUUCCCAGUGAAGAUCCUCUGACUGUAGGACAGGAGGACCCACCAAAGGUUCCCGGAGACGUGGUGCUUGAAGACGAGUCGCCCGAGGGAGUGGAGAGAGAUGAAGAGAUGCAGGAAGACAGUGAAGGAGAAGAUUUGGACUUGGAGGAGCCUCUUCCCAUCAGCCCCUGUGAUCAAAUCCUCACAGGCAUUGAGCACAGACCCAAAGACCACACGUAUCAGGCGUACAUGAAGAUCCAGGACAUCAGCCCGGUGCUCACCAACAGAGUAAACCUACGGGACCUGCAGGAGAGCAUCGACGCGCUCAUCGGCAACCUCGAGAGAGAACUCAACAAAAACAAGCUUAACAUGGGAUACUGACUUUACCACAUCGGUUACCAUGGUAAUACAUCAGUGCUGUGGAGUGCAUACACAAGACAUUCCUCAGUUCUGAUUCUGUGUUGAUCUGGUUUCUCUUCUUAUUAGAAGAACAUUAAAGCCUUUAGUUUUAUUAAACUGGUGCUGAUGACAGCGAGAGGUUUUAACUAAUUUAAUACAGAGGUACAAGCGUUACGAUGAUGUAAACCAAUGCACUUAUGAUGAUGAUGAUGAUGAUGACGCCUGCUGCAUGAAGCAUGGCUGGGUAUUCAGUUCAGGUACUGAACCAGGUUUGAAGCCUACUACCCCUUAACCUUAUAGUCGAUGCCCUUAACCCUACACUUUACACGCUGUAGUCAACACCCAAAUCUUACAUAUGAUUUGCUAUUAAACCCAAUUUUGGGGAGCAUCAACUGCUGCUGGUCUGUGAUGUUGGGAUGUUGAUGUGAGAUCGAAACACAACGCCCCCUUAAACAAAGCUAAAUAUGAAUAUGCUUGUAGAAAUGUGUACAUUAAAUAUUUUAUUAUCGUUAUGCAGAGAUGUAAAAAAUAAAGUGGGGAAAUAAAACUAAUAUGAAAGUAUCCCCAGUAUCUCAGAAUGAGUCAGGUAGCAGAAAUGAUUUGUUUGUAUAUCAGUCCAGGGAAAUACAAAACACAUCAGUAUUUAACACUCGCAUGUACAUAUGAAUAUAGUGAAAUAUGUAGUAUUUUUGAUGGCCGACACUUCAAUGUUAUGCAUAUUUAAAUAUACGUCAGUGUAGGAUUUGGCCUGUAGAUCAGCCAGAGAAAAUAAAAGAUUAUAUAUAUAUAUAUUUUGUUUCCUGUAUGUAAUGAUAUAAACCACAAUAAGCAUUUUUUUUUCAGAAUAUUUGAGCGUUACAUGGUUAAAAGCUUUAUGGUCUCAGUGUCUCCUAUAGUGAGAUGUAUUUAUGCGUGUAGAUAGAGGUUAUUUUAAUUUAAAUGUUGUGGCAGCUGCACGUUUGUGAAUCUACAGGUACGGUUUUGUGAAUAUAAAGUUGAGUCUUGUGUUAAUUCAGACAUCUAGACUUCAGGCUUCAACAGUGACUAUUGAAUCUGUCGAGAAGUAAUCUUGAGUUAAAUACAAUUAACUUGUUCAUUAGAAAUGUUUUGACUGGUAACAAAUCUGGUUAGGAGUUGGUGUGAAGAAAUGUCACACUAGAUACCCAAACAGCAGACGACUUCAGGCCAGAUCUGCUCCGGAUCAAACGCCUCAUUUAUUAAGCGUGCCUAUGCACAGAUUUGAUCUUAAAGUGUGCGUAAGCAAAAUUGACGGCAAAAUCCAUGUUUAUAAAAACUGUCUUUGGCGUAAAAAAGUGCUUUGCGCCACAUCAGGGUCUGAGCAGACGUACACGCUUUUAGAAAUAUUCAUCUUUCUUGAUGCUCAUAAAGGGUUUAAACAUUGACAGGUGAUUUGUUGUAUGUCAAUGAUAUUAAUUAUGCAUUGUUUAAAGGUGCAGUGUGUACAUUUUAGUGGCAUUUAGUGGUGAGGUUGCGAAUUGCAACCAACAGCUUAGUCCGCUGCUCACCCCUCGCUUUUGAAAUUCAUAGAGAAGCUACGGUAGCCACCACCAGACAAACAUGUCAUCGUCGGAGACAACGUAGUAAAAAAAUGUCCGUUAAUGGCUUCUGUAGAAAAAUAGCGGCACAAAAUGGCGACUUCCAUGUAAGGGGACCCUCGGUGUAUUUAGAUAAAAAGUUCUUGUUCUAAGGUAAAAAACACAUAACGGUUCAUUAUGAAAGGUCUUUAUACACACCUAAUAAUAUAGUUUUGUAUAUUUUUUGCAGGGAACCUUCUACAAAUUACACACUGCACCUUUAAAUGCAGAAAUUUACCUGCGCACGAUUUUCAUUUGCAAAUUUAUAGAUUUUACAUCUAUACACACAUUUUCUGUGCACAUGUUCGUUUUAUGAAUCACACAUCACACUUUUGAGAAUUUAUCAUAAUAAUUUAUCAAAUUUAUGUAUAAAUGAGGCCCCUGGUGCGGCUCUGGCCCGGAGUCGUCUGCAGUGAAUCGGGCAUUUUUAUUGUUUUAUACUGUUGACUGAGCUCUAUUUAUAACAUUCACGUGGUUUUUAAAUUCAAAAACAUCAAAAGCUAUAAGUAAUGUGGGAAAUUGUUUUGAAAACUUCCGAUGUGGAAAAAUGGCAGCCGAAGUGAUGAACCCGUAUAUGUUUGAACCGCAAGAAGUUUAUACAUGUAAAUGACAAUGCGUAUGGGUGAAGAAGCAACUACUACUUCAUCGACUACAUCAUAACCUGACGUUUUCUGGACUUAGGGUCAAUAACAAUAUUUCAAUAACAAAGAUGUUUUCAGUUCUGAAUCUUACAGGAUGAAAUUGCUCCCUUUGAUUUACGGCUCCUUUAAGAAUAUAAAGAUGAUCGUCUGCAAACACAAUAGAUGACGCAGCAUCUCAUCAAGCGUGUUAUUGUUUGGAUGUCAACAGAGGCUGUAUGGUGCUAAAGAUGAUCAUUCCUCCUAUAUGUUCUAUGUGAUCACACCUUUAAAUUAUCUUUACAUCAGUCAACGGCUUGCUAUAACAUCAGACAUCUCCAGCACAGUACUGUUUAUAAGAGCAGACCUGUGACCUGUCGGCUGAGAAGCGCUGCUUUAUUUCAGGAUCAGAUAUCCUCUGUCAUACAGAGAUCUGAACAGAACUGAUCCACGGUCAGUAAUAAUGAAAUGGGAUAUAAAGAUGAUAAACAUUCCUGUGUCUUUGUGUAAAUUGCAGUAUUGUUUGGUGCAGAAGUUUGACUGAAGCUGAUCUUUGUAUUGAUGUUGAGAAUAUACGGUCACAUUAAAGCUUGUGUUUCAUUUA